UUUACGAAAUACCCCAUUUUGACUUUAUGGCUUUGGUAACUAGUGACAACUGUUUAUGUGCUGCCGCGGCCAUGUUUUUUUAACAAUCUUGAAACGCGCAUGCUCAAACGUAAUUUCAUUCGCAGUUGCGCCAACUCGGAGAGGAUAUUGCCGCUAGCAACAUUGAUGCAUUUGAUUUUUCAUAACAAAAAUACUAUUAUUGAGGAACCUGCACUCUUGGAAGAAUAACAACAAAACGCAUUUUGCAACCCUUGGUUGGAAAUAACGCUUAAUUUGCCAUUUUACAUGUUGUAUAUUCUGACUGUUGACAAUGCAAAGUGGAAGCGAGCGGGUUUGCAGAAUUUUCAAGCGUCUUCUCUUAGCUAGGAGCAGAAACAAGAACCAUGGCUAGGCCUCACAGAUACAUUCACAGUUGUUCACCAACCUGACAACAAGACAGUUUAGAAUGGGCUCAAAGUUAAGGUUUGUGAGAAACUCAUAACAUUCGUGAUAUACUUGCCAUUAGUUAGCAAGCGAACAUUGAUGGCUGGCGUGGCAAACUAACGUUAUAGUAGCUAGCUAAGUUACCGAGGGUACAAGACAGUUGUCUAAAUAGGUACUUUGGCUAUCAGUCUAGUGUGUGUCUUUAUCUUAUUCAGAUACAGCAGCUAGCUAACGUAGCAAUUCCUAGCUUGCGUACGAGGUCGCUACGUUCGGCUAGAUAACGACUGGGUCCGUUAUUCCCUCUACAAUAUUCAGUAAUAAACCGAGAAAGACAAUUUGGAGGAAACAAGUGUUGGGGGGGCUCGACAGAGCCACACUGGGCGUGGAACGAAACUAGCUAGGUUCCAUAGCAUAGGAUUCUCUGCAAGAAGUCGUCGACUGCUUUGCUGGGUGAAUGUGGGACAAAAUGGAGACGCCAACGAUUGUGUAUGACUUGGAUACCUCUGGGGGCUUAAUGGAGCAAAUUCAAACACUGCUCGCACCCCCCAAGUCAGAGGAUGGCGAAAAGAGGAAUCGGAGGAGUGAAAGGGACGUUCGGAGAAAGAGCAGGGCCACCAACCACGACAUCUGUGAUAGUUGUCAUGAGGGAGGGGACCUUCUGUGUUGUGACCAUUGUCCUGCCGCCUUCCAUCUACAAUGUUGUAACCCACCAUUGAGUGAAGAAAUGCUGCCUCCUGGUGACUGGAUGUGUCAUCGCUGCAACGUACGGAGAAAGCUGGUCUCUCACUGUCAUCCCCAGAAGCGGGAGCAGAAGGCUGGGCCGACAAAUGGCCUGCUGGAGAGGGAGAGGCCCCUCUCCAAGCGCUCCUCCCCCCCCGCAGCUGAACUGGAGCAGGGCACCACCACCAUUACUACCACUACGUUGCGCCUGGACAGGCUGCCCCCCGGGGUCGGAGCAGCUGGACCCGGGCUGCGGGUGGCUGCCGUACAUCUGGAGCGUCUGGAGCACCUUGAGCGGCGGGCCAGCAGCCGACCGGGCACGCCAACAUCCAACACCUCCUCCACGGACACGGCCACCCCCUCGGAGGAGCAGAACGAGGCUGACGAGAUGGCCAAGGCAGAGGAGGUGGUGGUGGAGGCCCAGUGCUUGGAACCUGAGCAAGCCACCGCCACCCAUACCCCCACACCACGGCUCCUCAAGAGGCCCUUUCAGCUGCUCAUUGCCGCUGCAAUGGAGAGGAACCCCUCGCAGUUCCAGCUGCCCAACGAGCUCACUUGCACCACAGCACUGCCAGGCAGCACUAAACGGAGGAGGAAAGAGGAGCUGAUCAUGAAGACUUUCAGGAGACCACCGCAUGAGAUGGACCCCAACGGCCUCGUUCCUCUGCCAGUCAGGGUUUGCUUCUCCUGCACCAGGAACUGCAGAAUGGCCCCCCUGGUUCAGUGUGACUAUUGCCCCCUGCUCUUCCACAUGGACUGCCUGGACCCCCCACUCACUGCCAUGCCCACAGGCAGGUGGAUGUGCCCCAACCAUAUGGAGCACUUGGUGCUGAACCGGCGGAGCCUGUCCCUUACCAGCCGUUGCAAGCUCUUAGACCAGUUCCAGGACAGAAUAUCCCAGCAUGCAGUCAAGGUGGACUUCCUGCGAUGGGUCCACCGACAGAACCCGCCUGUCCGCAGCGGUGUCCACCACAAGACGAAGGCGCUCAAGGUACCCGAUGCUAUUAAGUCCCAGUACAAGAACCCCCCGGCCAUGUUGGCUCCUGCAGCGGUGCGUAACGGGGAGCUGAUCUGUAAUGGCAUCCCAAACCAGGACUGCUCCCCUCAGCAUUUUACCAGCCAGGCGGAGCAACAGGAGUGGCUUAGAGACGUCAUGGCGCUCCAGUGCAGCAUCAUGCGACAUUUAUCUGGCAAGCAGAAGUCCUCGUCAGACUGGGACUCUGAACAGACAGACAUUAAGCCCUGUGUGGCUUUAGAGAACAGCAGCACUCUGCCCCUUGCAGAAAGGACAGCUUCUGCCCUGCCUGCCCCCUGCUCUAAGCCCUGCAAUACAUCUGAUGGCCCCCAGGGAGCCCCUGUAUUGAAGGAACUCUCGCAGGGCCAGGAGAGCUGCUGCUGCACGGUGAGGCCCUGUCUGAAGUGCAGGAAACACAACGGACCCCUGACGGAACAGCCUGUGCAAGCCAAUGGGCCAUUAGCGUGUGACGCUGCCUCAGGUGCCUGCAGACAGACAGAGCUCCAGCUGCACAUACUCAACCCCCUAGCCUCACUCCCAAUCUCUGCUCUGGGGCUGCCCAAUCACCUGAGAAGAGGGGUUGUGGUUAAAACGGAGAGGGGCAGCCCCUUGGAGUCUUGCACCCAGAAAGGUUGUUCCCCUUCGACGUGUGCAGCUACAGGGCAGGAUGUCAAGAGUCAGGCCUACGGGACUCCUCCAGGCAAGGCAGGGGCCACCCCUCUGAGCUGCUUCAGUGAGCUGAAGCUCGGCCCCAGCCCCAAACUGGGUGUCCAUGUCUUUACCCCACCCAGAGCCGUUAAAGACUCCAGCACAGCAAGACAGCCCACCACCACACCUCCCUGUCUCUCCUUAGGGCCAGAUCUAAAGGGCAGCUCCGUGUUCCCCAGCUCCCUCUCCACCUCCAUAGCAGACCUGUCUGGUGGCAUGAAGGCCAUGAUGGAAGGGGAUGGGGAUGGCUGUGAUACAGGAUUGCUUCAAGCGAAGUCUAUGAUGACGUUGAAACAUGUUCGUACAGAGAUGGAGCUGAGUAACCUGGAUGAGGAGUUGGUCAAACUCCUGGCCUGGCAGAGGAUACAGCAGCUGUUUCCCCCCAAAGCGCCCCCAACCUCCCAAGGCAGCGGUCUAACCGCUCCUCCCACCAUCAGCGUCGCCCUCAAACCUCAGUCUCCCGCACCACGCACAGAGGAAGAACCGAAGGUGCAGGCGAGAGCAACAUUCUAUCCACUCAUGGGGAAGGGAGGAGCCAUCAAUAUGUCUUAUAGGACCCUGUACAUAGGAGCUGGUGCUGACAUGGAUGUGUGCCUUACAAACUAUGGUCAUUGUAAUUAUGUAUCUGGAAAACACGCCUGCAUCUUUUACGACGGGAACACCAAGCACUACGAGCUGCUCAACUACAGUGAGCAUGGGACCACGGUGGACAACGUACUCUACUCCUGUGACUUCUCUGAGAAGGCCUCCCCCAGCCCGGUUAGUGGCCUGGUGUCUAAAGUGCAGGGCAUUGUCCGCCAUUGUAAGAUGAGAGAGCAGGAGGAGGGGGCUGAGGCAGGGCCCGGCCCCAGGACUGGCCUGAUGCCAUCAGGAGGAGUGAUGAGUUGCCAGCCCCAGGGAGGACCCAGGCUCUCCUGCAACUGUAAGGCCAGCAGUUCCAGCCUGAUUGGUGGCAGCGGGGCUGGCUGGGAGGGCACAGCGCUGCUCCACCACGGCAGCUACAUCAAACUGGGCUGCAUGCAGUUUGUCUUCAGCAUUGUUGAGUUCACCAGCAAGCAGCCCAAAGAAGAGGGAACCACUGGCAUCGCCAAUACCACCCCUGCCAGUACCACCCCCAGCCAAGAGGAGGCAGACAAACAGACUAUCAAGCUCCACCAAGUGCACCUUGGUUCCAUAGCCCAAACUCUCUCUUUUUCACCUCUUUGCAGUCAAACCUAAGGGAACCCUACAGAGCUGGUUGUCACGCAGGGAAAAUAGAUAUUUUGUUUAUACUUUCACGUUAAAUUCAAUCUCAAAUCUGUUAUUUAGAUGUCAAUUCCUCUCGAAGAUCAUUGGACUUAAAAUAUUUCACUCAUUUUUGCCAGUGUAGUUAUGUAACAUUUCCUUAUUUUUCAGCCAGCUCAUGUAGCCCAAACAUUUCAUUUUAUGAUCUUGAAAUUGUAGUACUCACAUUUUUGUUGGUGUGGCUACGUUAGCACCACAGGUAGCUAGUUAUACAUUCAUGCUCCCUAACAUGCUUAUACACACAUUUGUAUGUACAGUGUAUUAAUGUCAAUAUGUUUGGUGCUUUUCAAUUGGAUAUCCUGUACAUAAACCAUUGUGGUUGUUUUUUUAAGCGUACAGUACCUCCCAUUGACCUGUGUGCUCCAUGCUGAAAUCCAUGGUGUAAAUAGUGUCAACGUUUCAGCUCUCGCUUUAACACUCGUUCUUUGUCGGUUUCUGCCUGUCUGGAAAAUACAGAUUUUUUAAGAACAAACUUAAAAA